GUUUUCCGAGCUAACAAAACCCGUGAACACCUUUUUCCAAAACUCUGCAAUCUCGUCAAAAUUCAACAUUCCACGAUGAACGAAGAACGGUCGGAUAGUUCUGUAACGUCCAUCGAAGACGACGACGACGAGGAGCACACAGACAAUACGGAAAAUCUAUGCGAAAACCCCACGCGAGACAUCCUGACCGAAGGAUUCUUCCGGCUGUUCAAACCCGUGAUCGAUGAUCUGGAUAACAAUAUACGUAGUGCUCGGUUGAACCAGAUAGAACUACGUCAACAACUGGACGAGCUAUCUGUGGAGAUGAAGAAUCUUAACUUUGAAAACGAUCCCCAACUGCACGAGCAUUUCAAACGUAUGGUUCACAUCAAACAGAAAGUGAUAGUAAUAAUGAACAUUCUGCAAGGGGCACAGGAACGCCUCGUAGCAAUCUGCCAACAACAAGAACAAGCCGCACCACCGCCGACAGCACCCGCUAAUUAAGCUUGCAAAGAUUAUUACCAUUUUCUCGUUUUAACCACUAUUUUAUUCAAAAGUCUAAGAGC